AUGAGCCGGUCUGCCCGGGGAGAUGAGGACGGCAUACGUAUCUGCACCCGGCGCCGCUCGAGCCUGCCCCACCCGCACCUCCUAAGAACCCCGGAUGUGUCCGGCGGCCGACGACCAAUGGCUGAGCUGAGACAACUGAGUUUCGCCGGAGCAUCCCCCAUCUCCACCCUGGAUGCGCUCUUCGAAAGCCUCCGCCGAGGCUCUGCGUUGCCACACCCGCCCGGACCCCGUUUUUCAGAUGCGCUUGAGAUGCUGACUGUCCGCUUUACUCCGACCCCGCCCGCUGUCUCUGUCCCCCUUUCGCCGACGUCUCUUCGGGAGCGGCCGUGCAGGACGUUGUUCGUCCGGAAUGUCAAGUAUGAGACUGACUCUCAAGAGGUCCGCGAUAAGUUCGAACAGAUGGGCGAGAUCAAGAUAUUUUUUGACCUGAUCUCCACCCGAGGGAUGGCCUUUAUUACUUAUUAUGACCUGCGAGCAGCGACGAUGGCCAAGCAAAGGCUGCAGGGCACGGAGGUCUCUGGCCGGCCGAUCGAUGUGCAUUACUCGUUGCCCAAAGACAACGAGCUCGAGCGACGCUGCGACCGGGACAAGAACCAGGCCACCCUGUUCCUGUCCAUCAACGAAGCCAGCAGGCCGAUCAUCGACGGCGAGCUGCGGGCCAAGUUUGAGAUCUACGGCGAGAUCAGGAGCAUCAAGCCCUUCAAGGACUCUCCCUACCAAAGGUUCGUCGAGUAUUGGGACACCAGGGCGUGCGAGAGCGCCCAUGAUAGCCUCGUCGGAGCGCAUUAUCUCGGCGGACAGCUGGAGCUCAAGUUUGCGUGGGACACCGGCAUGGUUCCCAAAGGGCGACCAGACUGGCGCGCUGGACAGGACGAGGACAGGGCCGAGUUCUACGGGCCGAAUGACGGCCCAGAUUAUUACGAGCACGACGACGACUAUCCCGCGCACAAUGGCACCCGAGAUACAGGUAAUGGCAACGGAUAUAGGGCCCCUCAGAUGGCACAGCCGUACAACUCGACGCACAUCGGAAAGGAGAUCGACGAGCAGCGUCUCAGCCAAGCCCAGAAGGUGCAAGAGCUGCUGGAGUCGCUGACCAAGGCCGGUGCGAAUGGGCAUUUGAAUGGCGCAAGCGGGCCGGGGCCUCUGGUGAGCAACUACCCGAGCGAGCCUGCGGCGGCGGGCCCGAAGCCGAUGGGCCCGCCGGGGUUCCAGCUGGGGACGGCCCUCCCGAGCAACUUCGUGCCGAACUACCCGGCCUAUCCGGCCGCCCCGGCGCCCGAGUACGGCCAGCCGACCGCCGCCCCGGCCCCUCCACAGGGCCCGACCCAGCUGGCCCAGAUCAUGGGCCAGCUGUCCAGCUUUUCCGCGCCCACCGGAGCCCCCACCGGGCCCGCACAAGGCCCCCAGCAAGCCGCGCUCUCCAAGCCCAUCCCCACCGCCCCUCGGGCCAUGCAAGCGGCCGCCGCUAUCGCCAGCCUCUCGUCCGUCGCCGCACAGAACCAGGGCCCGGCCCCCGCUCCGCCCCCCGCCCUAUUCUCCGCCCCGGCCGCCGCAGCUCCCACAGCGAAUCCGCAGGCCGCCGUCCAGCAACUCCUGGCCCUCCUCGUGAGCUCCCCCCUCCCCACGUCUCUCGCUCCCGCCCCCUCCCGCUCCGCUCCUCCACCUCCCCUGCACCGCUAA